UCUUGAUCUUCUAUUAUUCUUGCCUAUAAAAGGAAACCACCCUACAACCUUAGUUUCAUAUCUCAAACAUUACCAAUUCACAUCAAUACUAGGUUUUGUAACUUGUAAAAAACAUUGCCCUUUCGCUACUCUUUCUUGCCUCUUUCAUGAUGAAAAUAAGAUAUUUCUUAAGUAUUACUCUUCUCUUAGUGUUCAUUGCAGCGGCGGCCGCUGCCAAAAAGAGUAAGCCGCCGGUCAAGCCGGUCAGUCUGAUACCAAACUUUUAUAAAGUUACUCGUUCUUGUCCACAAGCCGAGAAACUUGUGAAAAAACUUACAGAAGAGAAAGUACAGAAAGAUUGGACUUUGAGUGCUAAGCUUCUGCGCGUACAUUACCACGAUUGUUUCGUGAGGGGUUGUGAUGCUUCGAUACUAUUGAACACUGUCGGAGCAAAUCAAUCGGAAAAAGAUGCACGCCCAAAUCUAUCAUUAGGCGGCUUUGAAGUUAUUGAUGAAAUCAAGAUUCAAAUUGAGAAAAUUUGCCCCCAAAAAGUCUCAUGUGCUGAUAUUCUCGCACUAGCCGCACGUGACGCUGUCUCUUUCCCGUUCAAGAAGCCAUUAUGGGAUGUUCUCACAGGCAGAAGAGAUGGUAGGGUUUCUCUCAUCUCAGAUGUCAACGGCAAUUUACCGUCACCAUUUUCAGACUUUGCAACCCUUCAAGGACUCUUCUCCAAAAAAAAUCUAGACAUAAAUGAUCUCGUCGCAUUAUCAGGCGCGCACACCAUCGGAGUAUCGCACUGCGGCGCUUUCUCGCGGCGGCUGUUCAACUUCACCGGGAAAGGCGACGCCGACCCGUCGCUGGAUCCGGCGUACGCCGAUUUCUUGAGGAGGCAGUGCCCGAACCCGGCCAAUCCGGCGACGGUGGUCGGCAUGGACCCCAACAGCACACUCACAUUCGACACGCACUACUUCACCGCCGUCAACAAGCGGCAGGGGCUCUUCCAGUCGGACGCCGCCCUCCUCAACGACGAUGCCUCCGCGAGAAUCGUUCGAAAGUUCCAGUCGCCGGCGGCGUUUUUCCGGCAGUUCGCGAAGUCGAUGGUGAAAAUGGGCGGGAUCGAGGUGCUCGUCGGAGAUGCCGGGGAGAUCAGAAAGGAUUGCCGCGUAAUUAAUUAAUCCGGCGAUGUGCAUUGGGUUUAAUUUACAUGGUUGCUAAUUGGGAUGAUUAAUCUUGCUCGCUUUUUUUUUCUUCUAAUUAUUUUUAUGUCUUACACUUUUUAUUUUCUAGUAUUGGUUGGACUCGAAAGCCCAAUUCAAAAUUGUUGUCUAAUGUAUCUUAUUUAUUCACGUCGAUUAGUUAAAUAUAUAUACUUGUUUUAAAUUA